UAAAACACUCCAGCCCAAAUCUUAUUCAACUUAAAGCCAACCGGCUAAUUUCAACUGAGGAGUGAGGAGUGCUGCGUUGAUCGGCCAGGGAAUCCGAGCAUGAACAAAAGCCGCUGCGAGUUUGUGACGAUGUACAGAGAAGAGGAAAUUCCUUGUAGCAGCGCCGCUGGAGCUCAGGGGUAGAAACGACCGCCGUCUUCCGUCUAGGCGACUGGGAUUCCGCCUGUCCGCCAUCUUCCCGCAAGGCCGCAAAUCUGCAAUUUUUAGGGUCACCAUAAUUCUAAAGACAGACACUACAGAGACAGAAUCUUAGUUCCAUUGCCAGAACAAGAAGAAAGGGAAUCGGAUUUGGAGGUCGCUAACUAUGUCGACGGCAACCUACCCCCCACCGCCCCCAUUUUACAAGCUGUACAAGGGCUACCUAAAGGACCCGAAAUCCGCUCCUGAGCCCCCUCCUCCUAUUGAGGGCACAUACGUUCUUUACGGGUGCAAUUACACUACUGAGGAUGUGCUUCCAAGUUUGGAGGAUCAGGGUGUUCGCCAGUUAUAUCCAAAAGGGCCAAAUAUUGAUUUUAAGAAGGAACUGAGAUCACUCAACAGAGAAUUGCAGCUGCAUAUAUUGGAGCUUGCUGAUAUUCUAGUGGAGAGGCCAUCGCAGUAUGCUCGUAGAGUGGAAGAAAUAUCUUUAAUCUUCAAGAACUUGCAUCACCUUCUCAAUUCUUUACGGCCGCACCAGGCCAGGGCAACAAUUAUCCACAUCCUAGAACGUCAGAUACAACAGCGUAAACAAGCCGUUGAGGACAUAAAAAGGAGAAGAGAAGAAGCACAAAGGCUUCUGAAGGAGGCAGUUGGAACCCUAGAUGGAAGCAAGUAUUAAUGUUAUUCUAUGGGCUCGAAGAAGCAAGGGUGUUAUAUAAUAUGGCCUGUGCAAUGAUAGGGACAUUAUGGUGGUUACACUGCUGGUCAUUUCUAAGCAAUCAGUCACUUCUUUUUUUCAUUCAAUAUGCGGUUUCAGGCUUACAUCACUCAGGAGAGCAAAUAUUUUUUCUCCAACUUUUGUGCUUAUUGUGUAUGGUUUGCUUUUUGUCCAAUUUUCUAGUUUGAAUUGCCGUGAGCCUGUGACAGUUGAUUAUCUUCAUGCCAUAAAUUUGGAGCACGUCGGUUUACUACCUAUAUACACAGAGUGUGCUGUUAGAACACAGAAAGAGCUUGUUGGAAAUGCUUUUGGAUUUUUUUCAAAUGCUAAAAUGCUACUUCGUAUUAUGCAA